CUAUAUAUUUUUCUUCAUUUGCGAACAUUCAGUCGCCACAAAACCACCAAUAAGAAAAAAUGAGCGAAGCAAUAGUUUGCGUCAAAGACUUUGAAAAACAUGCUUACAACGUCCUGCCCCGAAAUGCGCUCGAUUACUAUCGAAGUGGGGCCGGAGCUGAAGAGACUCUGGCUCAUAACAGGAAAGCUUUCUCCAAGUACAAAAUUCGGCCGCGAUGUUUAAGAAACGUGGCCAAAAGAGACCUCUCGACCACAGUUUUGGGCGAGAAAGUGCAAAUCCCGGUCGGGAUUUCCCCCACAGCCAUGCAGAGGAUGGCGCACCCAGAGGGCGAGUGUGCCAAUGCACGAGCUGCUCAGGCAAUGGGCACCAUCUUCACUCUAAGCACCAUCGCAACUAGCAGCAUCGAAGAAGUGGCCCAAGCGGCCCCUUACGGCACCAAGUGGUUCCAACUCUACAUCUACAACGACCGAAACGUAACCCGGCGGCUGGUCGAACGUGCCGAAAAGGCCGGUUUCAAAGCCUUAGUCCUCACCGUGGACACCCCCAUGUUCGGGCUGCGCCUUGCCGACAUCCGCAACAAGUUCGUCUUGCCCCCACACCUAAAAUUCGCCAAUUUCGCGGGCGACAAAGCCACCGGUAUUAACCAAACCGAGUCCGGUUCGGGUCUCAACAACUACGUGAACCGGUUGUUUGACCAAAGCUUGGAGUGGAAAGACAUCAAGUGGCUCCAAAGCUUCACCAAACUCCCCAUUGUUGUUAAAGGGGUCCUAACGGCCGAGGACGCCCUCAUUGCCGCUGAUUUGGGGGUGCAGGGGAUCCUGGUCUCGAACCAUGGGGCGAGACAGGUCGAUGGGACUCCAGCCUCCAUUGAGGCUCUCCCCGAAAUUGUGCGAGCGGUUGGGGACAGAGUCGAGGUUUACAUGGAUGGGGGCAUUACUGAUGGGACUGAUAUUUUCAAGGCUUUAGCAUUGGGUGCCCGGAUGGUGUUUUUCGGAAGGCCGGCCCUGUGGGGCCUGGCGCACAGUGGGGAAGAAGGGGUCAAGAAAAUCCUGAAUAUACUCAAAACUGAGCUGGAUUACACCAUGGCCAUUACUGGGUGUGCCACUGUGAGGGAUAUUGACCACAGGAUGGUCGUACAUGAGAGUUAUUACAGCAAAUUGUAAAAAAUGUGAUUAUGUAAUAGGAUAGGCAACCAAAUAUACGUUCGGUCCCAA